AUGGGUUCAGAAGCUUCUCCAGGCCGACUCCUACACCAGGUGGUGGACGAGUUGGCAGAAACUCAACCAGAUCAGCUGUACUGCAUCCAUCCAGUCUCUAUGAACUCAGCCGAAAAUUGGCGAAGCAUCACCUACCAGGAUCUAGCCCAUGCGGUCAAUCGCAUUGCGUUCUGGAUUGACCAGCAGCUGGGCGAUCGGGCCAAGCAGAAGCGGCAUCAACUGCGACAGAUGCUGGACAAGGUCACAAGGAAUCGCUCAGAGGGGUUCCAGAAAUGGCGUAUGCUGUCACUCUGGGAAGUCUUCCAAGAUGCGCCAAGUGACAACUACCCCUACAAGUACGAGCACGAUUUCGCCGCCGCCGAGGAUAUAUCCCCAGUUAUCCUGCAUAGCUCUGGAACAACGGGGAUGCCCAAGCCUAUCAAUAUAACACAUGGUUAUUUCGCCAUCCUCGAGAAUCUCCGGACCAUCCCUGUGCCAGAGGGACGACAGCUCGCCCAAGCUCAUGUGCGAGCGAACGGAAGAUUACGGUUUCACUAUGGUCCUUUGUUUCAUUUCGUCGGCCUGGUCUGCAUCACCGAGUGUAUCUAUUUCAAGACACCAUUCGUCCUUGCGCCCGACCGUCCGCUAGACCCUGAUCUAUUUGCGCAGAUCAUGUCUGCUCAUCAUCCCAAAUGGACGUUGAUAGCUGCACCUGUCAUUGAGGACCUUGGGAAACAGGAGAGCGGCCGGAAAGCGUUUUCGCAAUUCGAGGACGUGACUUUUGGUGGAGCGCCCAUGUCACAAUCCGCUGGGGACCAGUUGUCAUCGCUGGCACGUCUACAGACUGUGCUGGGGAGCACCGAGACGGGAUGGACGCCCGUUUUGCUCUGCGAAGAUCCGGCCGAUUGGUGUUAUCUAGAAUGGGUUCCGGCGUUCGGGGUGCGAAUGGACGAAGUCGAGAAAGGGGUCUUUGAAUUAGUGAUUCCCAGGCCCGAGUCACGCAAGUAUCACGCAAUCUUCUAUUCCUACCCAGAUCUAUCUGAGUAUCGCACGGGCGACCUUUUCACUCCACAUCCAACGAAAUCUGGUCUUUGGCGUUUCAGCGGCAGAGGCGACGACAUCAAUGUCAUGAGCAACGGGGAGAAGUUCAAUCCUAUCGAAGCUGAAAAGAUCCUCGAGAGACACCAACUGAUCAGCCGCGCGGCCAUCUUUGGCCAGGACCGCCAUCAAGCCGCAUUGCUUCUGGAACCCGAGUGGGAUAACCUUCCCGAGGACUGGACCGAGGGAUGGCUUCGACAGCAGCUUGGGUCACUUUUGGAUGAGGCUAAUGAAGCACUCCCGGCUUAUGCACGUAUUUUCGACACUCACAUAGCUCUUACGUCUCGCGAUAAACCGUUCGCCCGAUCCCCAAAGGGAUCCUUGCGCCGACGCGAGAUUGCCAACGAUUACAAGUCCGUCCUGGACUCCUUGUAUGAGUCUGGAGACUCUAAAGAUUCUAACGUGCACGAUGCCAAGGUUGGAGCAUAUCCUGAGGGCUCGGGUGGAGACGCACUCGAGCAAUGGCUCUUACGAGUAUUCUCCCAGCGACUCCGGUUGAAGGAUGUUGGCGAGAAUGAUGAUCUAGUUGAUAGCGGGAUCGACUCACUGCAGGUAACCGAGUUGUCGAGAAUGUUGCAGCAUGCAUCAAAGAAAUUGCACCCCUCUGGAAAAGCUAUGGCUUGGUCAAGCAAUGAGAUUUACCAAGCAGGCUCCAUCCAAGGUCUUGCCGACAGACUUAGUCGACAUGUUGGUGGUGAUGUUGGUGGUGAUGAGUCAAGCAAAAAGAGCUCAGAUGCCCAGUGGACGCGAACCGAUCGGCUUGUCCAUUCUAUCUGGGAUCACUCUCGGCAUCUUGGCCACGGCGGUACCACGGUAGUGCUAACGGGCUCGACGGGUGAUCUCGGUAGUCGCCUGCUCCAUCAAUUAUUGCAAAUCCCGUCGGUUGCAGAGAUAUAUUGCCUCAACCGUAGCGCCGAUGCAGCUGACCGCCAGGUGAAUAAAUUCCAGGAAAGGGGCUUGUCAGGUGGAUGGAUCACAAAAACCUCACGGGUUCACUUCUGGCAGGUCAGCCUAGGCGAUGACAUGCUGGGGCUAGCACCUGCUCAGUAUCGUCAGCUGCGGGACACAGCGGAUGUCUAUAUUCACAACGCCUGGCCAGUUGAUUUCCAUAAACCUUUAAAGGCCUUUGAAGACCCUAUGCUUAAGGGGCUGCGACGCCUCCUGAACCUGGUUGAGGAGUCCCCUCGUCAGGCUCACUUGCACUACAUGUCAUCUGUUUCGACGGUCGGGGCAUGGCAAGCAUCACAUGGAUCAACAAUUCCUGAAACACUGCAUGAGACCCCCGUGGUGCAAGAACUGGGAUAUGCUGAGUCGAAGUUCGUGGCCGAGUCCCUUUGCGCAAUCGCAGCCCAGCGCAGCAACCUUUCUAUCAGCAUUCACCGCAUCGGUCAGUUGGGCGGUCCCUCAUCUCCCAGAGGAGGGAUGUGGAACCCGCGGGACUGGUUUCCGUCGAUGGUCCGCUCGUCAAUCACCAUGGGCGAGGUUCCGGAUGCUUUGGGAGCAAUGAAGGUUAAUUGGAUCCCGAUAGACCUAGCUGCUCAAGCUAUUGUGCAGAUAGUUCAACGCCGUCACGAGGAGCAGAAUCUCACCAGACUCAAGGUAUACCACAUUGUCAACCCGGAACCAAAAGAUUGGGACUUGUUUGCUCCCCUGGUGGCUAGAGCGUGCAAAGCCCGGGUGGUUUCACUUGAAGAAUGGGUCAAUGAUUUGCAACAAAUCUCAGAUGAUGCAAGUCGCGAACGUCUCGAAAGUCUGCCGGCCGUUCCAUUGCUGGAGUUCUUCAAGAGUCUACUUGAUCAACAAGGUGCCACUGCCGCGCCUCUCGAAACGACAAACGCGAUUGCCCAUAGUCAAGUCAUGGGCACGAUUGAGCCUGUCGAUUUCGAGCUGUUCAAGACGUGGUUGCAACAGUGGAAAGAACAUUGGCUUCCGGAUCUUGAUGUUUGA